AUGCCGAUCUCCAACACAUGGACCAAGUCUUCAGAUGAAAUUCGAAAACUGGACAACGAUGUCUUCACGAAACGCGCGUUCUCGAAAGCUCUCACAUAUCAUCAGCAAGCCGCAGAACAUGAUCCGGCGGACUAUCGAGCCCCGUGGAAUACCCCAGCUAUUUAUUUCGAGAUGGGUGAAUAUUCACUUGCUGUAUGCUACACGGGGAAAGCGCUGAGUCUGGCAACUGAUGAGACUACUCGCCAGAAGAUCAUCAAUCGGGAAAGCAAGGCCCAUCUGCACCUUCAAGAAGUCGACAAGGCGAAGGUGGCUAUUGAGGAUCUGCUUGAUGGAGACGAGAAAAAGCACUGA